CUCUUGCCUGCUGCCAUGUAAGAUGCGUCUUGCUUCCACUGCACCUUCCACCAUGAUUGUGAGGCCUCCCCAGCCAUGUGGAACUGUGAGUCAAUUAAACCUCUUUCCUUUCCCCUGUCCUCUUUCUGGGGCAGCCCGCGGCACCAGCACCAUGCUCUUCUGUUCUUUUUUCAGGUCCCUUGUGGGCAAGCAUGUGGUCGUGGAACUCAAGAAUGACCUGAGCAUCUGUGGAACCCUCCAUUCUGUGCAUCAGUAUCUCAACAUUAAACUUACUAAUAUUAGUGUCACAGACCCUGAGAAAUAUCCUCGUAUGUUAUCAGUGAAGAACUGCUUCAUUCAGGGCUCAGUGGUCCGAUACAUGCAGUUACCAGCAGACGAGGUCCACAAACAGUUGCUACAGGAUGCAGCAAGGAAGGAACCGCUGCAGCAGAAACAGUGGUGGCUCCUCCUCCUCUUCCCCCGCUUCCUCUUUCAUUAGUGACCCCAAGUCCCAGCCUGAACCCCUAACGCCCAAUACUUGAAGAGGUUUUGUUUCUUUACUAAUGAUGGUUUUGUGGGGUUUUUUAAGGGAUGAGUAGAUGAGAGGAAUAAUAGAGAACAGCUAUCCUCUGUUGAGAAGGUGAGAAAAAGCAGGCUGGGAAACUUCAAAGCCUUCCAGUCCCCAGCACCUGGCCUUUCUUGCUACUUCCCUGGAGAUGGUGGAAGAGUUUCCUAGGUCUUUCCAGGGCAGCAUGUGAUUCAUUUGGAGAUGGAAGGAAUCUGUCCCACAUCGGGAAUAACAUUUAUGAUGCAGGGCUCAUCGAUUCCCAUUUAAUGUUGCAAUGGAUUGAAUGUUUGUAUGCUGCCAAAAUUCAGAUGUUGAAAACCCCUAAUACAAUGGUAUUAGGAGGUGGGGGCCUUUGGAAGGUAAUUAAGUCAUGAAGGUAGAGCCCUUAUCAAUGGGAUUAGUGCCAUUAUAAAAGAGAUCCUGGGGAGCUCUUACCCUCUUUCUGCCACAUGAGGAUACAAUGAGAAGACAGCAGUCUGCAGUCUGGAAGAGGGUCCUCAAAAGAACCCAAUCAUGCUGGCACCCUGAUUUCAGACUUACAGCCUCCAGAACUGUGAGAAAUAAAGUCUGCUCUUUAUUAAAUCACCUAGUCUAUGGCACAUUGUUACAGCAGACCAAACUGACCCAGACAAAAAUUUAACACCCAGUUGUAAUAACAGCUAGAGUAUAAAUGAGAAAAGUAGCCCUCUAAAAUUUGACGUGGUAUAAUAGAAUAGAUGAUGUUGCCAUUCACUGAAAUAAAGAAUACUAAGAGUGAACUAGGUUAGGCUGAGUUUGGUUGGGUUGUAUUGAGAUUUUUAAGUCAGCCUUUAGACAUUGGGAAUUUAGGAUACUUCUAAGACAUUCACAAAGGCAUGUCAAGUAGGCAAUUGGUUACAUGGCCACAGAGUUCAGAAAAUAAAUCUGAGAGAGAGUAAUAAAUGGGUCAUCUUCACCAGAUCACUUAGGAAAAAAGUUCAGGGAGAGGAGUGAGACAGCCUAGGGCCAUGCCUUCCAUAACUCUAAAAUGGAUUGGCUGAGCGGAAGAGAAUGGGUUUGCAAAGGAGUGGCCAGAAAGAGAGGAUUAAGAUCCGGCAUUUUGAGUUCCAAAGGCGAAGGGAAAAGAAAAUAAAUGAAGUCAGUAAAUUCAGAUACUAUUAAGAGGUCAAGUAAGAGAGUUUCUAAAUUUAGCUAGCAUUGUAGACGUCAUUGUGAUCUCAGAGCUACCCAUUUCCAUAGCGAUAGGGCAAAAAGCCAGACUUUGAAAACUAAGUGGGAAUUGAGGAAAUGAGUGAGCAUAAUCACUCUUGGAACAAGUUUGAACUAAGAAAACAGAAAGCAAAGAUAGUACUUGGGAAAAAAUAUGGAGAUUUAAAAAGGAUUAUUUGGGAUGGGUAGGGAGGUGGAGAUUGUUUUUCAGAGUCAAGACUUAAGUAUAUUUUAAAAGUGAGCACAAGGACCCACUUGGGAAGGAAAGGUGAACAUAAUACAUAAAUUAUGUAAAAUCUGAGAAAGUAGAGAUGAGAAAAUACAAAAAAACAAAAAAAAAA